CUGGUGUGACCUUUCAUGCGGUGUUUUUUAGCGAAUUACGACCGACCAGCUAAAUGGCAGCUCUACGUGGGUGGAGAUUCGUUGGCUUCGUGUCUUGCAUCUUUGGAGCUGUGGGACUAACCCUGUACCCAGUGAUUGUGGACCCGAUGCUGAACACCGAGAAGUACAAAACCCUCCAGGAGUACAGCAGAAUUAAGAGAGAUGAGCUGCAGCACAUUAAAAGGCAGUAAAAUCCCCGACUCGAUACUCUAUUUGUACAUUUAAAAACCCAAAUAUGUGUAUUUUCGUUUACAUGAUCCCCUGAUACAAUGUACAUAUUCUAAGCUAUACGAAAAUACAAAAUAGACUGUGUUGAUGAACGCAUUGCAGUCGUUACUUCAAUAAGAA